UGUAUUUUAACAAAUGCCUCUCCUUGACAGAUAACCUUGGUGUUUACAUCUGUAAACAAAAAGGAUCUCCUCAGGAUAUCUACGUUUUUGAUUGUUUAGCUAUGAAAUUCAAAACGUUGAACGUGGACGAGUUGGCAAAUGUAAUGAGAGACAUCAGAAGUGACCUGACCUUCAUGACCACCAGGACUCCUAAAGAGGCCAUACUGGUGCUAGUGGAUUCAAGCUCCUCCAUGAAUGAGACAUGCUAUGAUUCCGAUGACAACAUGACACGGUUGGAUGCUGUUAAACAGCUCUUUGAUAACUUCGCAACUAGAAGCAUGGCGUACAAUUUUCAUCAUGUCAUUGGCUUGGUGAAGUUUGACUCAUCAGUUAAAACUCUCCACACAUUUACAGAGACUCUGGAGACCUUCAAGGAACACGUACACAGUCUGGAGGCCAAUGGAUGCACUGUGCUGUAUGAUGCCUUGAAACGUGGCAUGUCUCAACUGAAACAAGUUGGAGAGCAAUUUCCAGACUGCAGACUUCGCAUCAUAUGUCUCACAGAUGGGAAGGAUGAUGGAUCAAUGACCGAACCAGAUGCUGUCACAACCAAACUGAUGAGCCUGAACAUUGUUGUUGAUGCCAUCGUUGUUGGAAAGGUGGACAACAACGUGCUGCAUGGAAUCAGCAAUGCAACAGGAGGGUGUUGUUUCAAACCAGAGACGAGUAAAGCUGGUCUGAAGCUUUUUGAAAUGGAAACUGUUCUGUCUUUGGAGAUGAGGAAGCUGAAGAAGAAACUGGACCCAUCCUACAUUAGGAGCGAGAGCAUUCUAGUUGCUCUCUUCGCCAACCGGGGUUAUGACGAGAAGCCAGAGGUUGUUCUGCCAAGUGGACUAAACGAUAAAGUGACUGGGACAGAGAAUGCAUUAAAAAAGAAGAUCCAGGAAUCCAAGAGCGGACGCUUUUUGGAGAAGGACAAACGCCUUCUGGAAGAGCUGAAGAGCCUGCACUGUGACCCACACCCAUUCUGCACUGUUCUGCCUUCAGAGUCAGACUUUACGUUUUGGAAGAUUCUCAUGCAAGGCCCUCCUGAUACACCUUAUGAGGAUGGAGUCUUUGAGCUGUACUGUCAGUUUGGAGCUGACUACCCCGUCAAACCUCCACUUGUGCGCUUUGUCACACCUGUGUACCACUGCAACAUAAACAGUGUGGGUCGUAUCUGCCACAACAUAUUUGACCGCAGCUACAACGCUCACAUAACCAUGAGAGAGAUCUUGGAUGCUGUAUAUGGAGUGCUCAUCGUUCCUGAACCCCAAGAUCCACUGGACAGUAUUUUGGCAGAGGAAUACCUGACCAGCAGAAACAAGUAUGAAGAAGAGGCCAAGAAGAACACAGAGGAAGUUGCAGGCCAAUCAUUGGAUGACAUGGAGAAGGAAUUGUUGGGUGAAGAGUUGCCUGAGAAGUUCAUACCCUCACACUUGAUUUGUCCACUAACCAACAAGAUGUUUGUUGACCCAGUGAAGAACCAGGAGGGAACAGUGUACGAGCGAAAGGCCAUUGAGAAACAUCUGAAGAGGACAUGGCUUGGAACUGAUCCCAAGACAAACAAGUUACUGACAUUAACUGACCUCAAGCCAUACCAAGACAUGAGAAAAAUGGUGAGGGACUAUCGCAAACAGCAAAUUCAGUAGACCGAUGUUUAAAACACAAUGUGAUAGCCAAAAUGUAGCAUUCCUGCCUUGUAGCCUACACCUUUUGGUGAAACAUGAUGAUGAUGUUGGAACAAACAUUGAAGUAUGCUAACAAUUGUAUGUAACUGAUAUUUGUACUUUCUAGAGGGAAUAGGUCUUCAUUUUCUUAGGGUUUGUACUUGAUUAUAAACUGGGUGGAUCGGGCCUUGAAUGCUGAUUGGCUUACAGCCAUGGUAUAUCAGACCGUAUACCACGUGUAUGACAAAACAUUUAUUUUUACUGCUCUAAUUACGUUGGUUCCUAUUAAACUCUUGUCAAAAAACUGUUGAAUUUCUGCAUGUUAAAAUGGGUUUUGUAUAGUAAUUGUCUAUGUUAAAAUGGGUUUUGUAUAGUAA